GGCAGCGGGCGGCGCGGGGCGGCGGGGCGGAGCGGAUCUUCCGCAGAGCAGCCCCUCCCGGCCGGCCGUGGCCGCCGACCCCGGCCCCGGCCCCGGCCCUAUGGACAGGAGCUCCCUGCUGCAGCUCAUCCAGGAGCAGCAGCUGGAUCCAGAGAACACGGGCUUCAUUGGUGCCGACACCUUCACUGGCCUGGUGCACAGCCAUGAGCUGCCCCUGGACCCGGCCAAGCUGGACAUGCUGGUGGCCCUGGCCCAGAGCAACGAGCGGGGCCAGAUCUGCUACCAAGAGCUGGUGGACCUGAUCAGCAGCAAGCGCUCCAGCAGCUUCAAGCGCGCCAUUGCCAACGGGCAGCGAGCACUCCCGCAGGAAGGGCUGCUGGACGAGCCGGGCCUGGGGGUCUACAAGCGCUUCGUGCGCUACGUGGCCUACGAGAUCCUGCCCCGAGAGGUGGACCGCCACUGGUACUUCUACCGGCAACGCAGCUGCCCGCCACCCGUGUUCAUGGCGUCGGUCACCCUCACCCAGAUCAUCGUGUUCCUGUGCUACGGGGCUCGCCUCAACAAGUGGGUGCUGCAGACCUACCACCCCGAGUACAUGAAGAGCCCCCUGGUGUACCACCCCAGCCAUCGCGCGCGGGCGUGGUGCUUCCUCACCUACAUGUUCAUGCACGUGGGGCUGGAGCAGCUGGGCUUCAACGCGCUCCUGCAGCUGAUGAUCGGGGUGCCGCUGGAGAUGGUGCACGGGCUGCUCCGCAUCAGCCUGCUCUACCUGGCCGGCGUGCUGGCAGGUGAGGUAGCGCGGUGCCCGGCCCUGCCCCGGCUCGCCUGGCCCUCACGGCGGCUCCCCUUGCCCGCAGGCUCCCUGACUGUGUCCGUCACCGACAUGCGGGCCCCAGUGGUGGGCGGCUCCGGCGGGGUGUAUGCUCUCUGCUCCGCACACCUGGCCAACGUAGUUAUGAACUGGGCAGGGAUGCGCUGCCCCUACAAGCUUCUGCGGAUGGUGCUGGCCCUGGUGUGCAUGAGCUCCGAGGUGGGUCGGGCUGUGUGGCUCCGCUUCUCGCCGCCCUUGCCUGCCUCUGGCCCUCAGCCCAGCUUCAUGGCACACCUGGCGGGCGCUGUGGUGGGUGUAAGCAUGGGACUGACCAUCCUGCGCAGCUACGAGGAGCGUCUGCGAGACCAGUGCGGCUGGUGGGUGGUCCUGCUGGCCUAUGGCACUUUCCUACUCUUUGCCAUCUUCUGGAACAUCUUCGCCUACGACCUGCUGGGCACCCAUAUCUCCCCACCGCCCUGAAAGCCACCUGGAGCCUGGAGUCUGGGGUGGGCCUGCAUGUCUGCCCUGGGGUGGCUCCCUGGCAGGGGCACUCAAGCCAGGCCAAGCCUUACUGCAGCCCGGGGUUUCUCCCCAGGCCUGGAGGCGAAGGACUACAGGGCCAAUGGCUAAAGGUACCCACGGUCAGCCCCAGAACCUACUGGGCUCCCUGCCAGGACCUGUGGUCUGAGCCCUUUUGGAGAAUGAAUAAAUAUUUUGCACAGCAAGA